AUGGAGCAAGAGCUCCUCACGCUCCUGGCCAAUACCCAGUCGCCCGUCGCUGACACCAGAAAGGCCGCCGAGCUCCAGCUGCUGCAUCUCUACUCCAACACAGCGUUCCCUCUCUCCCUGACUGCCAUUGCCUCCCAUGAUUCCGUCCCGACCAAUCUCCGUCAGUCGGCUCUGACCGUCCUGCGCACCUACAUUACCGCCGCAUGGUCCCCGCAACUAGACGAGUUCAAGGGUCACGUUUUCCUGGACGACGCCGGCAAAUCGCGCAUUCGACAGGCCCUGCUCGAGCUGGCUACGACCGCGGAGACGCCAGAGCGCAAGGUCAAGACCUCUGCGAGUUAUGCCGUCAGCAAGGUCGCCAGUGCGGAUUUCCCCGAGGACUGGCCGGAGCUCCUCCCCUCGUUGCUUCACAUCAUCGACAACCCCGCCAGCAGUGACAGUGGUCUGCACGGUGCUCUGAGAGUCCUCCUGGAUCUGGUCGACACGGGUUUCAGUGAGGAACAAUUCUUCAAUGUCGCCCGCGACCUCGUGUCAACCCUCUUCGCCAUCGCGACCAAUGAGGCCAGAAGACCCAUGUUGAGGGCGCUGGCUGUCGCCGUUUUCCGGACAUCCUUCGACACGCUGGAGAUGGUCGUGGAGCAGCAUAAAGUCGCCGUCAAACAGUUCAUGGAUGAGGUGUUGGGAGGCUGGUCCCCCUUCUUCAUGUCGACUCUGAAGGCCCCGUUGCCCCAGCCCCCCACUGAAGAGGAAGAGUCGAAAGAUGCAGAGGUCCCGUCGCAAUGGCGUGGCACAAUUGCCUUGAAAUUACAGGUCAUCAAGACCCUCAUGAAGGUGAGAAUGGUCUUCCCGGGCCUAUUGACGGCCCAGAGUGCCGCGUAUUUUUCGGCACUCUGGGAGGAGCUCUCCAACUCCCAAAAAAUUUACCAUGAGUUCUACAUCGAUGAGGAGAGACAAGGGCGGUUGGAGGAUGUUGAUGGCCUCCAGUACACCCUGGAUUUGCUGGUGGUUGAAGAAUUAGAUCUAAUGCAGGCUCUUGUGAAAGCACCCCCUGUCAAGGCCGAAUUGCAGCAGCAACUCCAAGCUGCGGGCCCGGCUGCCACUACGUCUAGCUGGCUUCCGGAAGUGAUGAAAUUGGUGGGUGCUUAUGCCCAGAUUACUGCCGAGGACGAAACCGUGUGGGAGAUUGAUGUGAACCUCUUCCUGUCUGAAGAGACCUCCGUCACUGCUAAUUAUAACCCUCGCACGUGCGGCGCCGACCUGGUCAUCAAACUGGGAGAGUGGCUUAAGGGCACUGCGGCCGAGGGUCUACUCGCUUACAUGAAUGCUCUUUUUGCCGAUUCUUCUUCUACAUGGAAAUCCCGUGAAUCAGCUCUCUAUAUCCUUAAUCAAUUGCUCCGAGAUUUCCACGAGGUGUCGCAGCCAAUCUCGCCGGAGCUGGUCAAUAGCUUCAAUCAAUUUGUUGGCUUCGCCGUUCAGCAGGAAGAUGAGUUCCUGCGAGCACGCGGCUACUUGGUAGCCGGUGUACUAACCUGUGUCGCCGGAGAAGCAUUCCAGCAAACUGCAGCGUCGUACCUGGAGGCCGCUGUGAAAGCGAUUACCAGUGAUCCUUCGGAAUUGGUGAGGGUCUCGUGCAUUCGCGUUCUACAGGAUCUUGUACCAUCCUUGCCCGCCAAUGCGACUGCUUCUCUCCAGAUCCCGAUCGUCUCAGCGAUAUCCGAAUUCGUGUCGGCCCAUGAUCUACGUGAGUCUUCGGAUAGCGACGAUCUCAAGGUGACUCUGGCGGAGACCCUCCGUGACAUCAUCAUGGUUGACCCAAAGGUGGUACUGUCAUCGAUCGCUAUCGAUGUGCUGUUCAACGUGGCCAGCAACGGAGCCUCGAACUUUCAGCUGACGAUGGUCGUCACCGAAGCGUUUGAAGAUAUCGUUGAGAGGAUUUCACAGGAAGGCCCCGAUGCAUAUGUCCGCCUGUGUGAGAAGGUGUUGCCGUCUCUCACCGGGGCGAUCGACGUCGGGAAUCUCACCCAGGAGAACGCACUUACCACCCUUGCUGCGGACCUGCUCCGUGCGCUGGCAGAGCAAGGCAGUGAGCCCCUGCCAGCUGGCUUUGUCGCAACGGUGAUGCCAAAGCUCAACCGAUUGCUUUUGGAAUCGUCGGAGGCGGAUCUGAUCCGUCCGGCGACCGAGGCUGUACGAUAUAUACUUGCACAUGACUUCAAUCAGUUCGUGGCCUGGUCCGACCCACAGACCGGAAAGGAGGCAAUUGAAGUCGUGUUGAUUAUCAUUGAUCGUCUGCUCGGGCCAUCGGUGGAUGACAAUGCGGCCACGGAAGUUGGUCAGCUAGCGGCUGAGCUCGUAGAGAAGGCCGGUCCCGAGAGACUUGGACCCUAUCUUCCGCAGCUGCUCCGGGCUGUGGCACAGCGCCUGGCCACUGCAGAGCAGGCACAGUUUAUCCAGAGCUUGAUUUUGGUGUUCGCGCGACUGACGUUGGUCAGUCCUCACGAAGUGGUUGAUUUCCUUGCGCAAGUCGACAUUGGCGGGCAGAGCGGGCUGCCAGUUGUGAUGAGCAAGUGGCUGGAAAACUCAGUCAACUUCGCGGGAUACGAUGAGAUCAAGCAGAACAUUAUUGCGCUAGCCAAUCUCUACAAUCUUGCAGAUCCCCGGCUAGCGCAGGUGCAGGUCAAGGGUGACCUAAUCAUCCAAGACACCGGCCGCAUCAAGACGCGUUCACAGGCCCGUAACAAUCCCGAUCGAUACACGACGGUGUCGGCGCCCCUGAAGAUCAUCAAGGUAUUGGUGGAGGAGCUUUCGGCUGCCUCAGGCGGUAAGGAGCUCGAUGCAGCCACGGCCGCUGCUUUAGAAGACGAUGGCGGCGUCGAGGAGGGUGACGAUGACGACGAUGAGUGGGAGGAUAUUCCAAGCAACACGUUGGAUCUGAAUUUGGGAAUCACGAAACAGGAACUCAUGGCAUUCGGAGAAGGCGGUUCCGAAGGGGUAUUUGGGGUUCGCAAGCGGGACGACGAAACACAGGCAUUCUUGACCGACUUCUUCCGGAAUGCAUCGACGAAACCAGAAUUCCAGCAGCUGUUUGCGGCAUUGACCCCGAGUGAGCAGGAGAAGCUGCGAAGUCUGAGCUGA